AUGGCGUCAGCGUGUGUAAAUGGCGCUCUGUAUCGAGUUCUCAUUUUCUACAUCUGCUAUAUAUUUUUGAAAGGACAUAUGUCCUCAGAAAGCUUAAAGGGAGUUAGAUCUAUCUCUAGCUCUCUUUAUGUUGGUAAAAUAUUGACAACAAUUGAAAUUCCAACGAUUUCAAGCGAGAUCAAAUACAAGUACAAGCCAACUAACAUGGCUUUGUCUACGAAGCUGAUCAAGAUUUCCAAACUUAUACAAUACAUUACGAUGGCAGCCUUAAUUCUAGUAGCGGUGAUGUAUCAUCAAAUCCGGGAUGGACUUAUUCUGCUGUGGACCAAACUGGUCUAAAAAUCACCCACCUAAACGUUCGUAGCCUUCCUAGACACUUUGACGAAUUUAAAAUAUUGAUGAAUGAUAAUCCAUUUGAUGUUAUAUGCCUCAAUGAAACCUGGCUAAACUCAUCAUGGACGGACUCUGAAUUAGAAUUAAAUGGCUACAACUUUAUUAGACAUGACUGUAAUGAUUCGCAGCGAGGAGGAGGAACUGCCAUCUAUUAUAGCUCGAAGCUUCUUGCUCGUCAAAGAACCGAUUUAAUACGCCCCGAUAUCGAAGCGACAUGGUUGGAAAUAUUAUUGCCAAAUCGAAAGAAAUUGCUCAUCUGUUCAAUUUAUAGACCACCGAAUAUGAUAUAUAAUAACUUCAAAGUUUGUUUCGAAAGUAUCUUGGAAAAAACAUCGACCGAAGGUACAGAAUUACUUUUCUUUGGGGACUUUAACUGUGAUAUGCUUCCUAGGAAAUUGUCUGCUGAUGCAAGGGACCUUCGUCAACUAUUUAACGUUUAUCAAGUAACUCAGCUUAUUAAAUCUCCAACGCGCGUUACAAGCAAUUCUUCAACCCUAAUUGAUCUUGCUUUAGCAACAGAUGUACGAAAAAUUGUUGCAUCUGGAGUUUUGCAAUGCUCGAUUAGUAAUCACUCGCUUAUUUACUUAGUAAGGCGUGCAAGAAAGCCACGAAAUACUUUUAGGAAUAUUCAAUUCCGAAAUUUAAAAACCUACUCAGCCGAAAGAUUUGUUGCAGAUUUGCAUAAUGCCUCAUGGGAGGAGAUCGACACAUCGUUAACUGUAGAUGAUGCAUGGAAUGUAUUCAAAUCAUUACUAAACAAUAUAAUAGAAAAACAUGCACCACUUCAAUCAAAAAGAGCACGGGCAGACAGUCUACCAUGGCUCACUAGUGACAUUAGGACUUUGAUGCGUCAACGUAAUUUCCACCAUAAAAGGGCUCAAAAAACUAAGUCUACCGACGAGUGGGAAACGUACAAAAAACUACGCAAUAAAACAACACGGCUCAUUAGAGAUACGAAGCGAGACUUUUACUCGAAUGUGAUCAAUGACAAUAAAAAAGACUCUACUAAAUUAUGGAAAACAUUAAAGACUGUAAUCUCUAAUGCCAAAAAGUCCUCAAGUGUUGGAUAUUUGGAAACAGCAGUUGGUUUAGCGUGCAAACCGCAAGAAAUCGUACAAGGUUUUGCCCAAUAUUUUUACGAAGCCGUAACGAACAUAAGGCACAACUUACAAUCUCUAGCUUCCCCUGUGGUAUGCUCAGUUCCUAAACCAAAUUUCACGUUUCGACUUUCCACAAUAGAUGAGACUUUUGUCUAUGACCAACUGAAGAAAAUUAAAACAUCCAAGUCAACUGGGUUAACUCAUAUUCCCGCACGCCUGCUGAAAGACGGCCGUAAUGCCCUAGCUAAACCUCUAACCGUCCUAAUGAAUAAAUCACUAGCUGAAGGUACCAUACCAUCUGAAUGGAAACAUGCCAUGGUAACGCCGGUGUACAAAUCUGGUUCAAAGACAGAUGCUGCUAAUUAUAGACCCAUUUCUGUGUUACCUGUUUUUGUGAAAAUACUUGAGCGUGCUGUACACAGUAUGGUAUACCAUUACCUCCAAGAAAACCAACUUUUAUCCACCUAUCAAUCCGGUUUCCGUCCACUACACUCUACUGGUACAUGCUUUAUAGACACCACCAACAAGUUACUUCACAAUAUAGACAGGGGAUUGCUUACUGGCAUGGUCUUUCUAGACCUUUCUAAGGCUUUUGACACUCUAGAUCAUGAUAGGAUGCGAGAAAAACUAUCCCAGCCCUAGUUUAACGAUUCUGCAGUCAUUUGGUUUGAUGGUUACUUGACAAAUCGGACACAAAGUAUCACUAUAAACGGUGUGGUCUCUGAUCCUCAGUUUAUACAAUAUGGUGUUCCUCAAGGGUCGAUAUUGGGGCCCUUACUUUUUAUUAUAUAUAUUAAUGAACUACCGUCUGUAAUUCAGAACUGUAGUAUCCAGCUAUAUGCUGAUGACACUUUGCUCUUUUUCAGUACUAAUUCUGUUACAUUGAUCGAAUCCACUUUAUCUGGAGAUCUAAACCGUAUAAUAAGUUGGUUAAAUAGAAAUUGCCUUUUCCUAAACCAUUCUAAGACAAAGAUCAUGUUAAUUGGAACGCAUCAGAGACUUGCCAAAGUUGAUAGCUUUAACAUUGAAGUACAAGACACUAAGUUGGAUAGAGUUUACAAAUUCAAAUAUCUCGGUGUUAUGUUUGAUUCAUGCCUUUCUUGGAAUGAUCACAUUGAUUAUAUUUCUACUAAGAUUUCAUCUCGGCUUGGCAUGUUACGUAAUUAA